AUGGUUCCAAGAGACACAUUUCAGUGUGAUACACCUCGUAAACGUAUGUCAGAUGGUAUUGAUAAGUUGAAAGACGAAGAAUACAUUUUGAAAAGAAAACGAAAUAACGACGCUGUGAACAGAACGCGUCAGAAAAAACGGCAAGAAGAAAUUAACACAUUGAUGCGAGUGGAUCAGCUAAGGAAAGAAAAUGCUGAACUGGAAAGAAAGGUUGAAGGACUUCAGAAAGAAUUGUCGUUUUUAAAGGAAAUGUUUGUGGUUUAUGCAAAUAGUAACAGAGGAAAGCCAAAUACUUCUAGCAAUGGAGCAAAUGAAAAUGAUUGA